AUGUCAGUGAAUUCUGAUAUGUUUACAAAUCCGCUACAUUUGGAUUUAUCGAUGCACUUCUCCACCGAAAGGAUCCCAGAACGUACCGUGUAUGCAAAAGGAACUGGGGCCUUAGGAUACUUCACAGUAACACACGAUGUCUCCCAAUACACAAAGGCAAAUCUGUUCAAUGAAGUUGGAAAACAAACCCCUGUUUUGGUCAGGUUCUCGCAAGGACUUCAAAGUUUAGGAGGAUCCGAUCUCGCCAGAGGGUUAAAAGGAAUGUCAGUCAAGUUCUACACAAAAGAAGGGAAUUUCGACAUAAUUUCGCCUUGGUUCGAUCUUUUAAAAAAAAAUCCACGUACUAAUUUGAAUGACGUCACAUCUCGGUACGACUUCCUAACUUCGGUACCCACAAGCCUUCACGGAUAUUUGUGGACUCAAGCUGAUUAUGGCGUACCUGAUGGAUACAGAAGGAUGGACGCCUUCCCAGUUCACACGUACGAGCUAAGUAAUCAAAACGGCGAGAGAUAUUACGUGAGAUUUAACUUUAGAACCGAGCAGGGCUUAGCGAACCUGACAUCGGCGCAAGCAUCAGAAAUAUCAGGUCGUGACCCAGAUUACUACGCCCGAGACUUAUACAACGCUAUUGCUCAGAAAAACUUUCCUGCUUGGAAACUAGAGAUGGAUGUAAUGAGCCUACUUGACAUAAAGGGGGCUGAUUAUGACCCGUUUGACCUUACUAGGUUAUGGAAAAAUGGAACUUAUGAAACUGUACAAGUCGGUCGGUUGGUGUUGAGUCAAAACCCCGACAACUAUUUCAGGGUUAUAGAACAAAGUGCCUUCAACCCUGGCAAUUUAGUGCCGGGUAUUCCUGGCCCAGUGGAUUACGUGUUCAAGGCUCGGAGAUUGUUCUACCAACAUGCACAAACUCAUCGGUUAGGAAGCAAUUUCAAUAACAUAGAAGCCAAUUGCCCUAGAUACGUAAAAACGUACAAUCGAGAUGGAGCUCCUCCUUUGGGUGACAAUAUGAGAGACUAUCCGAAUUACUAUCCAAACUCUUAUAACGGUCCCUUGCCGUACGUGGACGAUAGCAGACCGAGUCAAAAACUGAUAGUAUUACACAGUAACGCGGCGGAUUUGCAACCUCAUGCAUAUUUCUAUAAUCAUAUAUUGAAAACUGACGAUGAAAGGCAAAGAAUGGUUGACAACAUUGUGCCAUCUUUGCUAAAUGUCACUCCUCCUGUACUGCAAAGGGUUAUUAACUUUAUGUACCUUAUUGAUCCAGAUUUAGGUAGCCGGGUUACAAUAGGUUUGGAAGCAGCUCGGGCAGCGGUUAACGUAAUACCAGCUGUUACACCGGUGCCUAAAAAUUGA